CAGCCUCGAGCUCUCCAUCCCCAACCACCUAUAUCUUUAUUUCCCCGUAACUGCAGCGCUCUGUUUGUCGCGUCAAAUCACGAGAGCUUUCGUCCAGUUUCUACGCGUUUAUACCCCAUUGACCAGCCCUACACUUAGACAGAAUGGCCAAAGUCUUUAGCUAUGACGAAGUGUCGAAGCACAACACCCCAGAAAGUUGUUGGGUGGUCCUCUACGGCCAUGUAUACGACGUCUCUUCCUUUCUGUCUGAGCACCCUGGCGGUUCGAAGAUAAUACUACAGCUCGCCGGCACGGACGCGACCGAGGAAUACGACCCCAUCCACCCGCCGGGAAUACUGGAGGAGUCGCUGCCAGCAGAAGCCAAGCUCGGCAAAAUCGACGAGGCGACGUUGCCCGCAGCGGAGAAGGCACCUGCAGAAGACGCGGCCGAGCCGGAGGGUCCUCCGCCGCUGGAAGACAUGCUGAACCUCGACGAUUUAGAAGACGCGGCGACCAAGCAGAUCAGUCGCAAGGCAUGGGCAUACUAUUUCUCCGCCAGCGACGACCUGGUGUCCAAGUCGCUAAACAAUACCGUCUACCGCAAUAUCCUUUUGCGCCCGCGCGUCUUCGUUGACUGCACGAACUGCGACACCUCAACGACGCUCCUCGGUCACAAGGUUAAUGUGCCCUUCUACGUUUCUCCGGCAGCAAUGGCGCGCCUCGCACACCCUGACGGCGAGUGGGGCAUUGCGCAAGCAUGCGCCCAGUACGGCGGGAUGCAAGUUGUCAGUAACAACGCAUCAAUGACCCCCGAGCAGAUCAUUGCGGACGCGAAACCAGACCAAAUGUUUGGGUGGCAGCUGUAUGUGCAAACGGAGCGAAAGAAGAGCGAAGCCAUGCUAGCGCGCAUCAACAAACUUAAGGCCUUUAAGUUUAUCUGCUUGACGCUGGACGCGCCGGUGCCGGGCAAACGCGAGCACGACGAAAAGAACAAGAAUGUCGGCUCAAACCUUCCCGUCCGUUCCGGUGUCCAACAAGGCUCCGCCUCCACCACCGGAACGGAUCCGAAGGCUGCCUCGGCAGGCGACGCAAAGGAGGGAGGAUCGAGCGGCGGUGUCGGAAAGAGCUUGUUUGUUGGCACGGCGCCAGAUCUCACUUGGAAGACGACACUGCCUUGGCUGGCGAAGCACACGGAGCUGCCGAUUGUGCUGAAGGGUGUCCAGACACACGAAGACGCAUACUUGGCUUCGCUGCAUGCGCCUCAGAUCAAGGCCAUCAUCCUUUCAAACCACGGUGGGCGGGCAAUGGACACGGCACCGCCGGCUGUGCACACGCUGCUUGAGAUUCGGAAGUACUGCCCUGAGGUAUUUGACCGUAUUGAGGUAUGGGUAGACGGCGGAAUCAAGCGUGGUACAGACGUUGUGAAGGCGCUCUGCCUUGGUGCGAAGGCUGUGGGCCUUGGCAGAGCGGCACUGUACGGACUCGGUGCGGGGGGCAAAGAGGGCGUUGCGAGGACGCUUGAGAUUCUCAAGGCAGAAGUUGAAACGGCAAUGCGGUUGUUGGGAGUGGAGAAAGUCGAGGAUCUGGGCUUGCAACACAUCAAUGCGCGGCAGGUAGAGCGGGACAUAUACGACGGCCCCGACCAUUCGGCGAGGCCGGCACUGUGGGCCAAGGUGAAGGCCAGGUUGUAGGUGACGGAUAUAGCAUUUGUCAUCUCUCUCGGAAGCAGCGUCGUCAUAUGAUGGAGAUAGCUAGUAAAAACCCACCGUUGUACAUCCGAAGCGUCCGUGAUGCGCACACCCAUGGGCGAGCGUUGGCCG